CUGGAUGCUUCACUUUCAGGUCUCACUGCGUUUAGUUCCAGUACUCAAUUUACAAGACGGUAAAGCAGAUGCACAUUGUCUGGUCCUAUUUGGCUAUGAAUAAGAAAUAAAGCUUCAGCGCAAAAUUGGGAUUCCGUUUUCCCAUCGUGUGUAAAUGGUAACAACCCAGCUCCACAAUGGAUGCUUUGUCUUGUCUUGACACCUGUUAGACGAAGAGCCAAAGAAGACGUUUAAAACAACUGUCCAAUGUAAGGUGGCUGAACGUUGCUGCUAUUGCAUGAUUUUUCGUCGCGGUUGGACUGAGAGAGGAUACGGUCAACACAAUGGAAAGUAGUACACUAAAUGAGCAGAACUUUUGGCCAUUUAACGAAUCAUUGGGGAACUCAACCCUUGGCAACGGGACCAUCGGGGGAAAUCAAACAAACCCCCUGAAACGGAAUGAGGAGGUGGCUAAAGUGGAGGUGACUGUGCUCGCCCUGGUCCUGCUCCUGGCGCUGGCGGGGAAUCUGUGCGUCCUGGUGGCCAUUCACACCACCAAGCACACACAGUCCCGAAUGUACUACUUCAUGAAACACCUCAGCAUCGCGGAUCUUGUUGUGGCUAUAUUUCAGGUCUUGCCACAACUUAUCUGGGACAUUACUUUCCGUUUCUAUGGACCCGAUAUCCUGUGCAGGUUGGUGAAAUACUUCCAGAUCGUCGGGAUGUUCGCAUCUACCUAUAUGCUUGUUUUGAUGUCUAUAGACAGGUGCUUGGCGAUUUGUCAGCCGCUUCGGUCUCUGCACAAGCGAAAAGACCGUUUCUACGUGAUUAUCUCCUGGGUCCUCAGCCUAGUGUUCAGCAGCCCACAAAUGUACAUUUUUUCCCUGAAGGACGUUGGCUCUGGAGUGUAUGAUUGUUGGGGUGACUUCGUGGAGCCCUGGGGUGCCAAAGCGUAUAUAACUUGGAUUAGCCUUACAAUCUACAUCAUACCAGUGGCCAUCCUGAGCCUAUGCUAUGGACUAAUAAGCUUUAAGAUCUGGCAAAACUUUAGAAUGAAAACCAAGAGGGAGCAGUGCAUAAGCCUCACCCCGAAGACUUCGAAAGGUCUUGCGCUCGCCCGGGUGAGCAGUGUAAAGCUCAUCUCCAAAGCGAAGAUAACUACAGUUAAAAUGACAUUUGUCAUAGUUCUGGCGUAUAUCGUUUGCUGGACUCCUUUCUUCACCGUGCAGAUGUGGACGGCUUGGGAUCCAACGGCGCCUCGAGAAGCCAUGCCCUUCAUCAUCUCCAUGCUGCUGGCCAGUCUGAACAGCUGCUGUAACCCAUGGAUCUACAUGUGCUUUGCAGGCCACUUGUUCUCAGACCUGAAGCAGAAUUUCCUGUGCUGCUCGGCCCGCUAUCUCAAGUCCUCCCAAUGCCACUGCGAACGUGACCAUGACUCCAGCCGCAAGAGUAACUCCUCCACCUACGUCAUCAAGAGCACCAGCAGCCAGAGGAGCAUUACACAGACCUCCACCACAUGAGACGCCCCGCAGGUCUCCCCCGCAGGUCCCCCCCCGCAGGUCAGAACUGUGAAUCCCCCUUCCCAAACCUUCACCGCCGCCCCAAACCCAGACUUGUCCUUCCCCUUCUCUUG